AUGUCUGGUUCUUCUUUUUGUCAUGAAAAAGAAGGCUGGGGUCCUGCGAGCUCCACACGCAUACUUGACUUGACGCUUUGUUUUGAGGAAGGGGGAAUUAUUACACCAAUUAAUUGUCUCCUUUUCCUUUUUGGUGUUUAUGAUCUUUACCGUUUAUCCAAAAAGCGGCCUGUGAUUCCGACUGAUGGAUUAUGGAAGUGGCAUUUUAUUACAAUUUCGAUCACACUUUUCUUACUGUUGGUUAGCAGUUCGUCGAUUGCUUUAUUUACCAUUUUAAAGCUAGAUGCACAACUAUUAGAUAUUCAAGUAAUUUCUGCAGCUGUUAAUGUGCUUGCAGCGAUAUUAACAUCGAUAAUUGAAUACCAAAAUUAUACGCGUAAUCGAAUUCCUUCAACAGUCUUAUUGUUGUACUGGUUAUUUUAUACGAUAGCGAACUUUAUAAGAUUACGAACAUGGUAUUAUAUGGAUUAUCGAUCUACCCAUCUCGGUCUGUUCGUUUCUUUGACUUCAUCGAUUUUUUUGAUGGUGAUUCUCUUUGUAUUGGAACUUUUGCCAAAGCCUAAAAGUGAAUAUGAACACUUGGGCGAAGAAGAAUCUGAAAAAGCUUGCCCUGAAGAGACGGCAAAUAUUUUUUCUCGACUCACUUUUUAUUGGAUGACUCAGUUAAUGAAACUGGGCUACUCUAAAUAUUUAACUUUCGAAGAUUUGUGGGAUCUAAAAAAGGAAGAUCAGUCUACAGUAUUAUCAAGGAAAUUUGAAAUAGCCUGGAAAAAGGAAUUAACAAAGAAAAAUCCUUCAUUGCUUUGGGCUUGUGUUACGACUUUUGGUGGUCCAUUUUUUUUCGCUGCAUUAUUUAAGGCAUCUCAGGAUAUAUUGGGUUUUAUUCAACCAUUACUCUUGAGUCAAUUGAUGGAAUUUGUCAGCAGUUAUGGAACUAAAACAGAAAAACCUCAUGCAUAUAAGGGUAUUCUCAUCGCUUGUUUGAUGUUUUUCACUGCUGUUUUCCAGACGAUCCUAUUACAUCAAUAUUUUCAACUAUGUAUUGUUACUGGAAUGCGGCUUCGCGCUGGACUGGUAACAGCCAUCUAUCAGAAAGCACUUCGUCUCUCAAACGCAGCUCGACAAAAAUCCACUGUCGGCGAAAUUGUAAAUCAUAUGAGUGUGGAUGCUCAGAAAUUCAUGGAUUUGUGCACAUAUUUUCAUAUAAUUUGGUCUGGGCCGCUUCAAAUUUGUCUUGCCCUUAUUUUCUUGUAUAAAACUAUGGGGGUCAGCAUUUUUGCCGGUGUGGCUGCAAUGAUUUUGACGAUACCUGCGAAUGGCUUCCUCGCGAAAAGAAUGCGAAGUCUGCAAAAGAAACAGAUGGGAAAUAAAGAUCAGAGAAUCAAAUUGAUGAAUGAGGUUUUGAAUGGUAUUAAAGUAAUUAAAUUAUAUGCUUGGGAAGGAGCUUUCUUGAAAAAGAUUGCUCAUAUCCGAGAUAAUCUUGAACUUGAUACAUUGAAAAAAAUAGCUUACCUCGCCUCAAUUCAAAAUUUUACUUGGGCUUGUACACCUUUUCUUGUUUCGUUUGCCACUUUCUCGAUUUUCGUUUUAAUUUCUGACGAGCCAUUGACUAGUGGAAGAGUGUUUGUAGCGUUAUCACUCUUCAAUUUACUUCAAUUUCCCCUCUCAGUAUUCCCUAGUGUCAUCACUUCAACCAUCGAAGCAUCUGUUGCUUUGAACAGAAUGGAAAAUUAUUUACUUGCCGAAGAAAUAGAUCAAAAUGCAGUUAUACAUGAAGAUUAUCAUACGUUAGAAAAUCUUAGAACUGAAAAUGGUGAUAUAGAGCUUGUAUCUAUAAAAAAUGGAACAUUCCGCUGGUCAAGAAAUUCUCCGGAGCCGAUUUUAAAUGAUAUUAAUCUCAGCGUUUCCAAGGGCAAAUUGGUUGCGAUAGUUGGCAGAGUUGGUGCUGGAAAAUCAUCUUUACUUUCUGCUAUUCUCGGAGAGAUGGAGAAAACUAGUGGCGAAGUCAUUGUUAGGGGUACUAUAGCUUAUGUUGCUCAGUCAGCUUGGAUAAUGAAUGCUAGUCUUCGAGAUAAUAUUACUUUUGGAUAUCAAUUUGAACAAGAAUUUUAUGAUAAUAUACUUGAGGCAUGUGCCCUUAAGCCUGAUAUUGAAAUGCUUCCAGGAGGAGAUUUAACAGAAAUCGGUGAACGAGGAAUUAACUUGUCAGGAGGACAAAAGGCCAGAAUUGGAUUAGCUAGAGCAGCGUAUUGUCGUGCUGAUAUAUAUUUAUUCGAUGAUCCAUUGUCAGCGGUAGAUGCUCGUGUUGGUAAACAUAUCUUUGAUCAAGUUAUUGGGCCUAGUGGUAUACUUCGUAGCAAGGCUCGUAUAUUUGUUACCCAUGGCAUACACAAUCUUUCUCGCGCGAAUUCAAUUGUCAUGCUACGAGAUGGAGCAGUAAUUGAACAAGGGGAUUUCGAAUCUCUAAUGAAAAAGAAAAAUGAACUAUUCAAUCUAAUUAGCGAAUUUGGUCAGCAAGAUCAGUCUGAUCAAUCAGACGAGACAUCUUCAAUAAAAAGUCAAACUCUAGUUGAAGCAUAUGAAAUUGAUGGCGCUGAUGGGGAUCCAAAAUAUGAAGAGACUACGCGUCCUCCUCGAGAAAGACGAUUUAGUGUUGUCACUCUAAAUCGACCGGUCAUGGCAGAUGUCAAAUCUAGAAAACUUGGAGUUGAACUUGGUAAAGAAUCUUUGAUUGUGCGAGAAGAAUCGGCUACAGGCAGUGUACCAUGGUCUGUAUAUAAAGCCUACAUAAAAUCUUCGUCAACUGUCGCUGUUAUAGUAUUCUUACUCUUGAUGAUCGGUUCACAAGGAGUUCAAUACUGGAGUUCCGAAAACGAAAAAAAGGGAGAAAAUGAGAAUAUUUUACUUUAUCUCGGAAUUUAUGGUUUGAUUGGGGUAAUUUAUUCUCUUAUGACGAUUUUUCAAACUAUUGUAUUAUGGGUAUUUUGUGCUAUUCGAUCCGCACGAAGAUUGCACAAAGAGAUGUUAUCUGGUGUAGUGAGAUCGCCAAUGUCAUUCUUCGACACGACUCCGUUAGGUCGUAUUUUGAAUCGAUUUAGCAAGGAUCAAUAUACUAUCGAUGAAGUUCUUCCUCGUACAUUUUCUGGUUAUUUUAGAACCUUUUUUAUGGUUCUUGCAACAAUUUCCGUUAUUAGUUUCUCGACUCCAUCUUUUAUUCUUUUUAUUGUGCCAAUGCGUACGUAUUACCUCGCUACUUCACGGGAAUUAAAACGCUUAGAUUCUGUUACCCGAUCUCCAAUUUAUGCCCAUUUCCAAGAGACACUUGGAGGUGUUACGACUAUUAGGGCCUAUCAACAACAAGAUCGAUUCAUUGAGGAAAAUGAAUAUCGGUUAGACGAAAAUCAAAAAGCUUAUUUUCCAUCUUUCUCUUGUAACAGAUGGUUGGCAGUGCGAUUGGAGUUUUUAGGAUCUCUUAUCAUUUUUGGAGCUUCUCUCCUUUCUGUGAUAACUUUAAUCACAACGGGAAAUAUUGAUGCAGGUCUUGUUGGAUUGUCUGUUUCAUAUGCUUUAAUCGUAACCCAGGCUUUGAAUUGGGCUGUAAGGCAAUUUUGCGAAAUUGAGACAAAUAUUGUUUCAGUAGAACGAGUAAAAGAGUAUAUUGACCUUCCGAGCGAAGCACCCGAAAUUAUUGCUGAUAAUCGACCUCCACCUGCUUGGCCACAGCAAGGAUUAAUUGAAUAUAAAGAUUAUGCUACACGUUACCGUCCUGGUCUUGAAUUGAUCUUAAAGGGUGUGUCUUUUACCGUUAUGCCAAAAGAAAAAAUUGGCAUUGUUGGGAGAACGGGUGCUGGAAAAUCAAGUCUUACCCUCAGUUUAUUCAGACUAAUUGAAGCUACUGAUGGUUGCAUUUAUGUGGAUGAUAUAGAUAUUACAAAGAUAGGAUUAUAUGACCUACGUUCACGACUAACAAUCAUUCCUCAAGAUCCAAUUCUUUUUGAAGGCACUGUUGCUUUCAAUCUCGAUCCUUUUGGCACUCAUGAUGAUGUGGAAAUAUGGCAAGUUCUUCAAAGUGCUCAUCUUAAAGAACAUAUCGCAAAAUUAGACGGCAAGCUUCAAGCUAAAGUGCUUGAAGGCGGAGAUAACUUUAGCCAAGGACAGAGACAAUUAUUAUGUUUGGCUAGAGCGCUUUUACGACGAUCACCUGUUAUUGUCUUGGAUGAAGCUACUGCUAGUGUAGAUGUUGAAACAGAUUCUCAUAUACAAGAAACUAUUCGAACUGAAUUCAGCUGGGCAACAUUGUUGUGUAUCGCACAUCGAUUACGAACAAUUAUCGAUUACGAUAGGGUUCUUGUACUCGAACAAGGCAAGGUUGCAGAAUUUGACACACCAUACAAACUUUUACAAAAUCCCGAUAGUUUAUUCCGAAAAUUAUGUGAAGAAAGUAACGAAUACGAAUUUCUUAUGGAAAGUGCCACGAAAAAACAUAAUAUUUAA